UCUUAGUAUACGGAGGUUGAUGCAAUAAAGGGCUAUUAAAGGCUCGACAUGUGUGCGGCAAAGGAGCUACCAACUUUAACUGGAGCCAGGUAUAAGACGAGGAAGAGAGAUGAAAAGGUCAAAUAUGACGCUGAAUCAUUCGCUGAUACUGUUAUUAGUAAACUGAACGAAACUGAUGGCUCACCAGAAGCACUCUCCUCCGUUUUAGCUAAAGAAGGAGAGACACUGGACUAUCGUCGUUAUGCUGAGUCGUUAUUGGAGAUAUUAAUAGCUGGUGGUAUUCUUGCCCCUGGGGGGAAGGUGGAGUCAGACCCGCCCUCAUCAUUUUGUGUGUUUUCAGCCACACCCACUGUCACUGGCUUGAAACUAUACCUGCAAGUUCUAACUAAUCUAUUACGUAGAUAUCGUUACCUUCAAAAGCAAGUUAAAGACGCCGUCAGUAAAGUUAUUAAUUAUUUAAAAGCUUUCACUAAAUCUCAGAGACAAUGCCUUGCCAUAUACACAGCACUGUGUAUUACUGAAGGAAUCCUAACUCAAGAUGUCAUUAAUAAUUUAUUUUUAAAUGUUCUCUGUGCUGAACACUUGAUGAAGGAGGACCUUGGCCUAUCGUUCACAAUAGUCUUGUUUCGUACUUGGAUUGAGGAGAAAGGAAUCAUUAAUGUUGGAUCAGUAUUGAGGAAGACUAAACUGGAGAAUCAACUACUGAAUAUUUUGCCUCUCUCAAAAAGAACUGAGGAAAAUUUUGACAAACACUUCACUGAAGCUGGUCUCCAUGAACUAGUGACGUUUAGAAAAGCUCAACAAAAUAUUAGAAUAAAGAAGAAACUGAAGGGAGAAAUUGAUGAUUAUCUUGAGAAUGAGACGGAGUCCUCCAUUAUCAUUGAUCACAUUCAAGAGGUGCUGGAGUCCUCCACACUAACUGAAGUACAUACAGUGACACUGCUCUGGAAGAGUGUGAUGGAUACUGGGGACUGGAGCAAAGUGGAGGGACAAUCACUCAUUGACCAGCUGGAGAAGCACCUUGAGAAAUAUUCGUCUCUUUUUGAUCCGUUUUGUGAGCGGGGUACCCCACAGCUGAUGCUAAUGAGAGAGAUACAGAGCUAUUGUGCCAAAUCUCCAGUUUUUAUUAACCUAUUCCCAAGAAUAAUAUUACAUUUUUAUAAAAAGGAUCUGAUAUCUGAACAGGCCAUACUGAAGUGGUAUAAAGAUGCUUUCCUUCCUGAUAAAAAAGAUACUUUUCUAUCGCAGAUGAAUAAAAUGGUUGAAUGGCUAAAGACAGCUGAUGAAGAAUCUGAUGAUGAUCAUCAUGGUCAGUAAUAAUUAUUGAAGACUCAACAACUGAUCAAGUUUAUGUAUUUUGUUUAUUUAUCAUAAUUAUAAUGUACUUUUAAAUUUAAUUUUGUUUAUUAAAAUAAAUACAAUACGACCAAUCAGCAUAGUACA